AUUACGCACUAGGAUACUUUGCUAUCCACAUAUUAGCAAAGGCUGCUUACAUUGAGCUAUAAUUAUAGCAAUAUUAGCUAAUUUGUUUUCGUUUUAGAGCUAACAUUUCUUCGAAUCGGACAAGCAAAAUAGUUUUUUGUAACCUUCUUCUGACGUUGUUUUGCCUAAGCUCUCUUGGAAAUACGUUAUCAUUGUUAUUCACUCACGUUCGUAUACAUCCCAUUUUUGGCCGUCGUCCUUGCAAUUUUUACCAUCGUGCAUUAAAAGGCGUCUCUAGCUCUGCGCCAUAUUAAAAUUUGCACGCGGCAGAUAGAAGAUACCGGUGCCUACCGCCAAAUUCUCCUGACCGACCUUUCGCUAUUUUUUCGGUGGAAAAUGGAUUUCUGGCAAAUGGCUUCCUUUCUGAACACCUUGAUGGUGUUGAUGAAUUAUGCCGGCGGUCAGCAAGUGGACGGACGGCAUUUUCUGACAGUUCCGGAUCAAUUUACGGCAAAAGUGGAACUGGUGCUGCUUAAUCAGAAUCUCGUGGAGGAAUUCCAUAUUAUGUACGAUCGUGAUCUGAAUUUAGUCAAAUACGAAUACACACUGGACAACAAAGUGCCGCCCUACCACACUAGCAAUCCCAUAAGGACAAUCUGGGACUUCAAUACCGGUACAAUCUACGAUAUUGAUACAACAACGAAUUUAUGCAGUAUUAGCUAUGCCGAUCCUAACGGAACCGCAACGGAUAUUAGUACACAUUCGCUAGUUCGCAUGCUCAGUCCGGAGCAGCUGUUUUCCACGAACGCAAUGUUGACCUUUUCAAAGAAGGAUCUCACGCGCGGCAUGCAGUCGGACGUAUGGUCCGCCGAUAUGAGCGAUUUUUACCUAGCCGGUUAUGGUUAUCGCAAGACCCACCACACCUUGCGCACUCUUGCCGGCACCGUCCGCAAGUAUUACAAGGGUACGGACCGGCAAGGCGUCCUUUUGCAGCGCGCGAUUUAUCUCCAAGACAAUGAAUCGGAUCCUGUGAUGACCAUUAAUUAUUUCGACUUUGAUGCGCCUACCAGUCCGAAGCUAUACGAUUUCAGUGUUUUGUCCUGUCUGAAUAAUGUCAAAACGGAGCCGACAGAGGAAAUUAUGGUACGCUUUCCCGGCUGGAGGACCAAUGUGGGAAUGAGUUUAUUAGCCAUGGAUCAGGAUCCGGCGGUGCUGAAAGUGCGCCGGCAAAUGUGGAAGGAAAUGACCAAAGCCAUGGGAAUAUCUCCACUGCGUAGUAUAGGAAACUUCUGGAGCUGGGACGAUUGGAAUAGUUAUUUUACGACUGUUAUUCUGCCCCGACCUAAUCCGACCAACUUCUACGAUAAAAUGAUUGGCACCGCACCAGUGCGAUUUCAAGGUGUCGGAGUACAGGAGUCCACCGGCGGCAGGGCCUUUGAACUGGGAUUUCAAAUGCUUAUUCAGACCUGCGCUGAACGAUGUAUGUCGGAUAAGAAGUGCAAACAGUUUGCAUGGUGCCCGGGCAACACCAGCUGGAAGAUGUAUACCUGCGUGCUGCAGCCGGACACCAAUGUGGACGGUGCCGGCGAACAAAACGUUCUGCAUAACUGCGAAUUUUAUCGAGGGAAAUACGCCGAUAAAGAUGCACAACCGGACGUAACGGAGGCACUGGAUACAUUAGGCCAGCUGGUCAUACAAAGACGGUUUUCCCUGAAAGCGGGCGGAGAUAAAUCCCUGAUCGCGGAUCAAAUACGACGGAAUGUGUCACUGAUGUCAACAACCAAAGGAGAAAAACAAGCGGAGACAUUCAGUCUGUAUAGACCUUACUCGGUGUUACGAACAGCGCGGGUGACCUUUAAUAAGCUGACCAAUAAGCAGUGUAUGGAAAAAUGCUUGCAAGAGGAUCGUUUUGUUUGCCAGUCCAUUUCGAUAUGCGGUUUCGGAGACUGCUCACUGACCGAGUACCAUGGCGAUGAGAUAGUUCUCAAAGGCGACAAUUUAAUUGCCAACCAUUCGCACUGCGCUAUUUGGUCGCGAGUAUGGACGAAUGAAUACAUCAAGGUUUCUCCUGCCUUUUUUCGGUCAUUACCACCUGUUACCUCUUCGACAGACUUGGCAUUUGUUGAGAGAGAAGAAACGUGUGCGAAGCGAUGUACAUUUUCCACGGAAGCCGAUGGCUGCGAAUCAUUCGUCUACUGUGCUAAAGGUCAAACUGCAACAACCCAGAAAUCGACUUGUAUGCUCUACAGCCAGCAUGUGUUCGAUCAGCCGGAAGAAAAUCCGGCUGAAGAGGUUACCAAUGUAACCUGUUCGUACUACACGCAAAACUAUUUAACCAGUUUCAAGUCACUUCGUGGCUUAUCGUUAACCAAGCGGGAAGACCAUGAAAUCGCCGAAAUCGAAGUGCCGGCUCGAUUGGGCGAAUGGCGAUGUGCCAAGGCAUGCAUUGAUAUUCUGGGGGACAGCGGUUGUCUGUCCAUGGAAAUCUGCUUGAACAACCCCGGAAAUGCGGCACGCAGUCCUGACUCCACCAACCGGUGUAGAUUUUCAUCGGUUUUCGUAUCCACAAACCGGAAAAAGCCCUCUAAUAUAACAUAUUCCAACGAUGCCUGCACUGUGUAUUCACGGUCGAAAUAUCUGGAUGGCAGUCCGGUAACAGAAAGGACAAGUGCUAGUUCGAAAGUCACGAAGCUUGAUAAGCGCUCCGAUAUUAUCACGCAAGUAUGCGUGGCUGGCGGUCACGGCUAUUCGGCCACUGAUAUGACCGUUUUGGCGCUGAGUAUGCUUAUCGCCGGCUGCGGUCUAGUUGGUGGCUGUAUUUUUCAUCUCCAAGCGUUUCCUUCCCGUUAGAGAAAUUGGAUUUGUACGGUUUUCGGACGCGAAAUCUGGCUAGAACAGGAUGCUGAUUUUUCGUUAUGUAUAUCUAAUGUACAUAUACAGUCAAUAUGCUCAAUGUCCGUUAGUAAAAGGGAGACAUGCACUUUAAUUAUUCUUCGUCGUUUCGUGAGUGUCAGUAUGUUUUGGCAGUACUGUACAUGAGCGGUCAUAGUAGUUAUGUCCCUUUGCGUUUGUAAUAGCUCCGACUCUGAGUCGAGUCCGUACGUGUUUUUAUAAAUGUUUUCUGUGCAAUUUUUCUAUAAAUAAAAGAAUUUGAAAUCAAAACAAAUAAUACCGUUUAAAAAUUUUUUCUACUGUGCGGUGUGUACAUGACCAUUUGAUGGAAAACUCCCAGUUGACCUUUGAAAGUGGGCGGAUUCUUGUGAACAUGAUCCAAGAACGUAU